GAAAGAGAGUUCCAACUAUUCAUGAAUUAAUUGUAUAACAUAAUAUAGACAUGGAACGCAUGCUAGUGUGGGUUUCCUUAUCGUGUUAAAAUCAAUGUAUGAAGUUAACCGUCUCUCUAGUUUAUUGGUCUCUGGUGAUAUGUAUUUAUUGUAAACUAUUAACCGCUAUACGGUGUGUGUUGUGUGUGAUAUAAUAUUAUGAUGGCUUUAAGCGCGGAGGAGGUAGCCAGGCGUUACCCUUUGCAUUGGCUUGUGUGGAAUAACAACCAUGAAGAACUUAAAAGCAGCCUCGAAGCGAAUAAGUACACAAGCGAGGAGCUGGAGCUGAAAGACCCUCGCGGACGCACCCCGCUGCUGCUGGCCGUCACGCUCGGACACAUAGAGGCGGUGCGCGCGCUCAUCGACGCUGGCGCAGAUGUCAACUGCGAGAAGGACGGAUGGACAGCGGUACAGGAAGCGACGUCUACAGGCGACCCGGCGCUGUUGUCGUUGGUGCUGUCCCGGCGCGACUACCAGCGGCACGUGCUGCGCUCGGGCGGCAUCCCCGACCUGCUGCACAAGCUUAGCAUGGCGCCAGACUUCUACGUCGAGAUGAAGUGGGAGUUCACUAGUUGGGUGCCGCUGGUGUCGCGUAUGUGCCCGUUCGACACGUACAAGCUGUACAAGCGCGGCGGCAACGUGCGCGUCGACACCACGCUCGUCGGCUUCGAGAACAACUGCUGGCAGAGGGGCGACAGGACUUAUAUAUUUAGAGGGCAGGGUCGCACGGCGCGGCUGAUGGAGCUGGACCACGAGGCGGGCACGAUGUGGUGCGAGUACGUGGAGCCGGUGACGGAGGCGCGCGCCUGGCCCGAGCCCAGCGCGCAUGCGCUCGACGCGCGGCUCGCGCAGCCCACCGCCAUCAACUACCUCGACACUGACAACAUCAGCUUCCAGAGAAACAAGAGCGGCAUCUGGGGCUGGCGGCAGGACAAGACGGAAGUAGUGAACGGGUACGAGUGCAAGGUGUUCGGCGCGAACAACGUGCAGCUGGUGUCGAAGACGCGCAGCGAGCACCUGGCGCGCGCUGCGCAUGCGCACCCGCAGCACGCCGCCGCGCGCGCGCCGCUCGCCGACCUGCUCGCGUUCGCCGACGACGCCGCCGACGCCGCCGACACACACGCCUCGGAAAAUACACCACCAAGCAGUCAGUCCAGUGAGGACCUGACUCCGGUGACGUGGGAGGAGUAUUUCUCCGGCGAGGCGAUGGAGAAGGACAUCGGCCGGCCGAAGGAGAUCACCACCAAGGUGCAAAAGUUUAAGGCUACUUUAUGGUUGUGCGAAGAUUAUCCUUUAGAGUUACAAGAACAAAUCAUGCCCAUUUUGGACCUCAUGGCGGCGAUAUCGUCACCGCAUUUUGCGAAAUUAAAAGACUUCGUGCAAAUGCAGCUGCCAGCUGGGUUUCCUGUUAAGAUAGAGAUCCCGCUGUUCCACGUGCUGAACGCGCGCAUCACGUUCGGCAACAUCUUCGCGCGCGACACGCCGGUGCCGCACGUGCAGUGGCUGGCGGCGGGCGGGCACGGCGCGCGCCCCGCCUGCGUGCUCGACGACGGCUGCUUCGCGCUCGGCGCCGGCUACAGGGACGCCGCCGCCGCGCGACACGCGCCCAACCACGACGAGGCGCUGCUGCAGUACGCCAUACAGCAGAGCCUCAUGGAGGCCGGCACGCAUGAUGACCAGGUGGAUGUUUGGGAAGCGUUGAGAGGUGCCCGGCCGUCCUCACCGAUGCCUCCACGAUCACAAGACUCGCCUCAAGAACUCUUAGCUCAUGAAGAGAGACAGCUACAAAGGGCGAUCGAGGCUUCCCUGGCUGCGAUGACGCUGCCGCCGGCCUCGCCGCUGCCGGAGCCGUCGCCGGAGCCGGACCCGGAGCUGCAGGCGGCGCUGGCGCUGUCGGCGCGCGAGCAGCUGUCGCGGCAGCAGCAGCUCGACGACGAGCAGCGCGCGCUCGACGAGGCGCUGCGGCUCUCGCUCAUUGAUAAGUGAAUUGAUCUCACCUUAAAGAAGAAUAUAUAACGUCCAACUCAAACAAGACUUACGCCUAAAAUACUAUAUACAUUUGCAAUUAAAUAGUCCCAAUAGCGGUCACACGUAAGAGAAGCCCGCGGUCUGCGCCGAGCGGGGAGAACGAUUAACAACCAUUGUUCAAGGUAGGAGUUGCUAGUUGUCACAAUUACCGUGCCUUUUACCUAAAGAGAAGAAAGGCAGAGAGGUAGGAAAGGGAUUCUCUAUCAAAAAAUUGUCUUUUGCUAAUGAAUAUUGUUGAGUAUAGUUGAUUAGAAAUUGAUACAAUGUUGGCGUAGAGUAAUUUUUGGAUUGGUAAUUAGAAUGAAAUUUUGGAAAAAAAAUAUAAAACUUAAUUUGAAAUCUAAUUAACAGUUUACUGUGUUCCAUUGACUGUUGAUGAGUUUAAAACAGCAAAGACUUAUAAACUAUAAAAAAAUAGAAUUGAACAAAAUGCAUAUUUCACCUUUACUAUAAGGCUAGAACGAACUAAGACAUGCAUUUUUGGGUCUCGUUUGUUCAUAUUUUUAUCUCUUUAAAAUCCAAUUUAUUGAACCGGUAUUCAAUGUGUCUUUCACAACUAAUAUAAGACAAACUUUAAAUCCAACUAGUUGUAAUCCCUCUGUAUAUCAAACAUCAAACAGUUUCCAUUAGAGGCAAAGGAAAUUUAUAUAAAUAAUUUAGAAAAAAAUAAUUUAGAAAAAAAACAUCAAAUCAACCAAAAUACUAUAUAAAUUACUCCUACUAUCUCCCCGCUCCCCGCACCGCAGGCCCCCAAGUUUUUAUACCUUAGACAGUUAUGGCAGAUUAAGUCUACCAAUAAGUAAUAUUAAACCAUGUGCCCAAAACUUCCGCCUUCCCACGUUUCUUCUUUAAGUUCAGUGUGGUUGAAAAACUUGGUUAUGUAGGAAAUUGUGUUGCUUAUUUAGUUUUACUGUUGCUUUCUUGGUUAAUAAAUAUUUUCUUCGCGACAUACGUUUAAAUGCUUCAAAACAAAUAUAAUUCUAGUAAAUGGCACACAUUUGUAAUAGUAAAAAAUAAUAGUGUAUGCAUUGUUUAAUAUUACUUCCGUUCCAUUUUAUACUCUCAGUUCAAAAGAAAUAGAAUUGUCAGUUUUUUUUACACAAAAAAUAUGUUUUAUAUUAUGUCAUACGGGUAUACUUUUCAUUCCAUAUAUUCGUAAAGACGACUGGGUCAAAUAGGACCCAUUAAUGACUUUAUAAUUGCAUUAAAAUUUCAAGUUUUUCAAACACGCUGUUUACCAAUAAAUAUGUUAUUUAUAUUAAUCUAUUAUAAUUCUUCCUAUGAGGUAUACUACAAUUAGGAUAAGUUAGAAAGGCUCAUGUAACUAGGGUGGAUCGAGAAGGUGGACAAAAAUGACCCACUGUAAUAAAUAAUGUAGAAUGGUAUUUAUUUAAUCAUUAGUUUAAUAAAUAUUUAAUUAAAGAAAUUUUAUUAGUUUCACACUGUAUUUGAAGAAUAAAUAGGGGUCAUAAGUGACCCCUUCCGAGAUAUAUUGAAGUAUGGGUAAUUAUUUUAAUAACUAAUUAAACCUUUUUACGACAAGCAAUAUCUACUAGAUAUGUUUGGAAAAGCUAAAUUCCAUAUUUCUACGCCUGACACUUUCGUGGCAAAAUAAUAUUACGCUCACAUCUACUUCCUCCAAGGGAAGGUGUAAUCAGAAAUAAAUUUCAUAAAUAGUAGAACAUUGCCACAUCUGAUUACUGACAUAAAACAUCAUGAUAUGUCAUUAGUGAUUCACUUAAUAUACAUAUAAUAUGUUAUAUAGGGGUGAUAUGUGUUUUAAAAAAUCGAUAAAAAUUAUAAUAAAUUUUUAUGAGGUACAUUCUUUUUAGCGGUCACCUGGUUUGUCCGUGGUUACUCGCAUCCAUCCUUGUUAGGCCAAUAUAGCCUUAAUAAUGAUGAUAGGUAUUUCUCGGCAAUAAUCCUAUAGAUUUUAAUGUUGAGUGCAAUAUAAUAACGGAGACGUGUUGAGUGUUGGCACAUUGGUGAAUAUUUCAGUUCUUCAUACAUCUUCAACGCCUGCGCUGUAGUAACUUAGUAGACCUCUUGUAUAGUAAAUGUGAUGACGUGGCUUCGUUGAUGAGCCGGUUGUGUAACGAGAGGGCGUGGGUUCGAUAUGCACAGAGAAAAAAAUUGUAUUGCACUAAUUUUAGUUAAUAUAUGUUACGGAUUUGACCGCUGUUUUCGAUUUGUCAUUUACAACGUCCACAACAAAAUAAUUUUUCUUAGUGAAUUAUGUGACUUUUAGUUUAUUUUUUAAUUAAUUUUGCGACAAAGAAUAAAAUCUCAUAUAAACAAUUAAUAUCCAUUAGACAAUAUUAUGCAUUUUAUACCAAUGUUCCAAGUCACUCGGCAGGUCAUAUAGUUUCUAUAGUAAAAUGAACGCGUAGUUAAAUAUAACGGGACGGAUGUGUUGAUCAAUAUCUACUGUUAGGGAGUGAUACAAUAUUCAGCUAACAAAAUUCUUUUAAAAACAUAAUCCUUUGCCCACAUGGUAAAGGCACAUAGGAGGGUCACCUAUAUACCGGUUGCAAAAGCUUAGCUGUUUUAUUUAAAUCGCAAAGUUUAGAUAUUUCUCAUACUUAUGUGCAAAGUAUGUAGUCAAAUUAAGCCAUGUUUUGUGUUAUUAUCUCAGCCAUGCGAGGUCAGUUGAACUUAGUUUUUUGUCUGUAUCCGGCGUUAAUUUACUGAACUUAUUUUCGUCCUAUAAAGUAAUAGUUUCAUUAUCACUAUAUCAGACGGAAACUCUGUUUCUGAAGUCAUCUUAACUUACGGUAUGUAUCUGGCUUUAAUUUGCUGACCUUAUUUUCGUCCUAUAAAGUAAAUGAUUCAUUAGCUCCAUAUCGGACAGAAACUCCGAGUCAAACUGUAGCGUUUUUUCCAGCAUACUAGAUGACAUUUAGCCAAUUUGUAUAGAUUGCUUGGAUUCUAUAUUCACAUCCUCAAUAGUUGUGGUAUUAAAGUAAACGUACUACAAAUGUCUAACUACUAUGGGUAAUAAUUUUAUAUUGAUUUUGGUCAACACAAAACGUCCUUUUUAGUUUAAUAUAAUUUAUAAUAUGUAGUUAUCGAGAGCGAGUGAAUGUUCCAUAACACUACACAGACACAAAACAUGCUUAGUUUUUAAAUUUUAGAGUUUUAAAUAAAAUUUAUAAACAAUGGUGGUAGCUGCACAUCAAAUAAAAGAUUAUAAUUAAAUAUUUUAAUGCCAAACGGAAAUGAAAUAGAAGACAUUUUUAAAUAUUUUAAAAUUGCGUCAGUCAUCUCACACGUGUUAGACAAAUUCUAAUCAAUUAUACAAUUUUAUUUCUCAGGUUAAAUAAGAUAAACUUAAUUUUGCACAUCUGUGUGAAAUGAUCGGCGGAAAUAAGUAUAUUAAUUCAUAAGUUAUAUCUUGGUUAGGUCAUGCUUGCCAAAACUGGUUCCUUAGUUUAAAAAAACUCAAAUAUUUUGUUUUAUGGUUUACACUAGAAAUUGUGAUAUCCACAAUAAUCAUUAACCAUUUGGCAUAUACAAAGAUUUUGAUGUGCAGUUAAAAAUAUUUCCUUUUGUCAUUUCGUUUCGUUGCUUCCAUUUUAUAUUUUUGAUCUCUGGCAUUAGGAAAUGUAAUCUGAAAUUUUAGUAUUUUUAAUUUAAUCUCAAAAUUAUAUUUUUUUAACCUUAUUUUACAUUUGCGUGUAUUUUGUGAAAAUAUAUCGCAAUAACCAGUGUGCUGUAUUUUUGUAAGAUUUCGUAAUGAUUUUUAACAAGCUUGUUACACAAUCAAAUAUUAUGAUAUGGGUUUUAUAUAACAUACAAAAAAAGAGCCCAUUGGAUAUGUACCUUCUAUAUACUUUUAGGUAAAAAUAAAUUACGCAUACCUAAAAUGAAUGAAUAAUUUUAUCACGGGAAUAAACUUUAUCCAUAGAGCUCCGAACAGAAGCUAGUAAGAAGUAAUAAAGCGAGUUAAGAAUCAUUACGUUCCGUUUAAAUAGUUACGCAUAAUGAUUUAUUAUGUUUACGCGAAUGUUAGACAUUAAAAUUAAACUAUUUUUCGGAUUUUAUCGCGGAUUUUAUAUUUUAAUUUUCUCCCGACGUUUCGAAAACUUUGCAGCCUUCGUGGUGACGGGAGAGGGGGAGCGGGGGCGUGACUGAAGUGUUGAUCAUCGUCAAAGUUACAAAGUCUACCUACAUUUUAUAAUUAUACAACUUUUUAAUUUUUUUUUGCUGUUAGUAGUCCGAUCUACGCAGAACCACGAAGGCUGCAAGGUUUUCGAAACGUCGGAAAAGGUGUAUAUAAACCGUGAUAAAAUUCGAAAAAUAGUUUCAAUUUUAAUAGUCACGCAUGUUUAUAUUGUAAUGAGUAUCAUCACACUGUGGCAGCUUAUAUGGACCGUUCGGAGCUACCUUCACAACAAUUUAUUCUGUAAAAUAUAUAUAUGCUAGUAGAAAUAAUAAUCAACUUUAUUUUGUGUUAAUUACUAUUUAAUAACUGCAUAUGAACGUAUAGCCUGACCAAGUUAAUAAAAACUAUCGCCAUUUUGUGGCAACAUAUGGAACUAAAUUUUUUUAUUGGCAACAUUAACUUUUUAAGGUCAAAGGGAAAAUGGCGCCGCCAUAGCAAGAUUUUUAUUUCCCUAGUCAGGCUAUACAGUUCAUUCACUAUGUCAGCAGUUAAAAUACGACAGAAUUGUAUUAACGCUCAAAAUAAACGAUCUUCAUCGAUAUCUUUGGGCUCUACUGUAGAGUCGGACAAAUCACUAAUCAGAUUCAACUGUGGUCGCAAUGUUCACGUAUUACUUACCAGGUGUUGCUUUGCACCUUUGUCCAAGCGGAAAACUUUUCUCGCUACAAAAGUACCCAAAACUAAUUACUACGCUAGCGCCAUCUAUUUAAAAAAAA